CCACACUUGUGUGCGCCAGCAUCAGUGUGCGCGCUCGUCCUAUGCGCUCCGUUUUGGAAUAUAGACCUUGAAUUCCACACGUUGAUGGAUUUAAUCGCUUCAUCGUGACCUCCCCCCCCCCCCCCCCCCCCCGAGCCCGAUCGUCUCUCUCGUUUUUUGCCGCAGAAAAGCCCCAUCGCACCUCCGCAGACAUGGGCACCGUCCUCUCCAUAUCCCCCGCCACCAAGAAGGCGAUGGACGCCGACGUGGCGGGUGACAGCAAAGGCGACAAAAGCCUCAAGCGUCCCUCCAUGUUCGUGUCGCUUUCCUGGAGGAAGCUGGUGUCCGGCUCGGCGAAGAAGAGCGCCAAGAAGGUGACCCCUAACCCGCUGCCCAAUCCGGUGGCGCAGCGCAACAGCGAGAACUUGCGGAAAACGGAAGAACGGAAACAGCGGGCCCCCAUCCCGGUCCCGGUGCCCACCGUCCCGACGCAGAAGAAAGACACCCAAGGCAAGAGCGCGUCGCCGGGGAAGAAGCAAGGCAGCCCGACCUUAGUGUCCCCCCGGCGGAUAGUGAUCCAGGCGUCCACCGGGGAGCUCCUCCGGUGUUUGGGGGACUUCGUGUGCCGCAGGUGUUACAAGCUGAAGGACUUAAACAGCGGGGAUGUCAUCCUCUGGUUUCGGAACAUCGACCGGACUCUCUUGCUGCAAGGCUGGCAGGACCAGGGCUUCAUCACGCCCGCCAACGUGGUCUUCGUCUACCUGCUCUGCGACGCCACCCUCCGGGACGACGUGGACAGCGCCGCGGAGCUUCAAGGCGCCUUCCAGACGUGCCUUUACCUGGCCUACUCCUACAUGGGCAACGAGAUCUCCUACCCGCUCAAGCCCUUCAUGAUUGAGUCCAACAAAGACGUGUUCUGGGAGACCUCCCUGGGCAUCAUCGAGCGGCUGAGCGGCAAAAUGCUGCAGCUGAACGCGGACCCGCACUUUUUCACGGAGGUCUUCCAAGACCUGAAAGGCCAGCGGGAUAGCGGCGAGGCGAACCUGGACCGCUGAUAUGGACGCUGGACCACUUAUCAUCCAAGCAUCACUGAACGGCGGCUUUGAAUGUAAAAAAAAAAAAAAAAAAAAAAAAAAAGAAGGCCAGAAUAGAUCUGAUGACGUCACGCUGCGUCGUGUUUAGAAUACAGGUGUGACUCAUGCAUGUCAUCUACGGUUUUGUUGUCCUCCUUUUAGGUUAAAUUGACCUCUUCUAUUAAUGAAUGCUUAUGCGGACCAGAAUAGAACCGUUUAACAGGUGGAGCUGUCCAAGGUGCUGACCCGUCCCCUUCGCUAUUUGUGUCCUCAUCAGAGGUCUCAGAGCCUAAUCCUUCAAAGUAGAGCUAAUAUUGCCCAGUGUACUUACACAAUCAUUCCCAGCUUGUCAUUUAGGAGGACCUUAAACGCCCUUAGAACAGUGUUUUUCAACCUUUUCUGAGCCAAGGCACAUUUUUUUUUCAUUGAAAAAAUCCCGAGGCACACCACCAGCAGAAAACACUAAAAAAAAUUAAACACAGCAGCCGGUAUUGACAGUAAAACGUUUAGUAUGGGGAACAUAUUCUAAGUAACAAAGACUUAAUUUAGAGUUAUUUGGACACUAGGGGAACAUAAGGCUUAGGGUUAUUAAUAAGCAAUAAUUGAGGUUAUUUUUAGUUAAUGGCUUACUGUGUAUAGUAAAGCCAUGCAGAAUAAGGCAUUAAUAAGUACUUAAUAAUGCAUAAUUAAGAGCCAAUAUGUUACUAUUUUGCAUGUUAAUAAGCAACUAUUAAUGGUGAAAAUGCUCCCAAUACUAGAGUGUUACGAAAAGUCGUUCUCGCAAUUGUUGGAUAUGAAUUCAAACCAUAACCAACCAUGCAUCACUAUAGCUCUUGUCUCCAAGUAGGUGUACUGUCACGACCUGUCACAUCACUCCGUGACUUAUUUUGAGUUUGUUGGUGUUUUCCUGUGUGUCGUGUUUUAGUUUUUGUCUUGCACUCCUAUUUUGGUGUUGAUUGUCAUGGCAUGCACGGAUGUACUUUGUGGACGCUGUCUGCUCCACACACUGUAAGUAUUUACUGUCGUCCAGCAUUCUGUUUUUGUUUACUUUGCAGCCAGUUAAAGUAAAAAAAAAGUUAAAGUACCAAUGAUUGUCACACACACACUACGUGUGGUGAAAUGUGUCCUCUGCAUUUGACCCAUCUCCUUGUUCACCCCCUGGGAGGUGAGGGGAGCAGUGAGCAGCAGUGGUGGCUGCGCCAGGGAGUCAUUUUUGGUGAUUUAACCCCCAAUUCCAACCCUUGAUGCUGAGUGCCAAGCAGGGAGGUAAUGGGUCCCAUUUUUAUAGUCUUUGGUAUGACUCGGCCGGGGUUUGAACUCACAACCUACCGAUCUCAGGACGGACACUCUAACCACUAGGCCACUGAGUAGGUGUAGUUCAGUUUUAGCUUAGUUUGGCAUAGCCAUUCCUAAGCUUCAAUGCCUUUUCUUAGCGGCACUCGCCUUCUGUUUGUUUUGUGUUUAAGCGUUAGAUACCUUUUUACCUGCAAACCAUCGCCGUCGUUCCCGACAUCUACAAAGCAAUUAGCUACCUGCUGCCACCUACUGAUAUGGAAGAGUAUUACACGGUUACUCUGCAGAGACAGCACAGACACCCAACAACGGCACAUUUGCGGAUUUUAUUUACUGGUUUGCAAAAAAUAUUUUAACCCAAUUAGGUGAAAUUACAUAAUCUCCCACGGCACACCAAACAAUAUCUCACAGCACA